AAAAUAUAAAGUUUUCGCAACAUCACUAAGUGUAAAAGAUGUUUCAUAUGACACAUUCUAUCAGUGUCCGAAGUUUGAAAGUGUUUAGUUACAAAAAAAUAAUUUCUCGAUGUGCCAUUCAAAGGGUAAAGAUCCAACCUUUCCGCCCUUCAGAGUUAGAUAACGUGUCCUGGGCAUGCAAUGAGAUAGGAACAACUUUGACUAUAGAGCUUCUGAAUCAGGAUUGACUUGGAUCUGACAACAAUAUAUAGGUCAGAGCAAUUUCUCUACGUAAACUUCAAAGGGAACUUUAUUUUCUCUGACACCGCCGAUUUCAACACCGACUUCUUUCUGCAGCGGAGACACUUUCCAUUUCCAGCUCGAUGUGACCAGACCAUCUAAGUCAUUGUUUCAAUAAUGUAGGCUUCACACUUGACAAGCUGACAAUGUUCCGCAGGGCUGGACAAGCAGAAAUUCUACGCUCGAAUCAAAAAGAUGAAUUUUAUAUAUCAUAUCUUCGAUCUGCACUAUCAGAAACUUUCCAGAGUGUUGUUGGUAUGAGAUCAUGGAUACACUUUCGCAAAGAACUGGAAGUUUUUGCUGAUUUCACUUACUUCUUACUGACAACAGCUGCUGGUUUCCAGACACUGGGAGAGGAGUAUGUGAAUAUAAUUCAGGUGGACAGUACACUGCGAGCAUCAGUCUCAACCAUGAGAAGAUCAUUUAUGAUCUUGCUUCAUGUCUGGACUCCCUAUGUAUUUCAAAGAUUCUUUGACAAAUGUCAGAAAGACUUAAUGAAACCAGAUUCCAGCCUGAGAUUUUUGUCACUUCAUGCCAAAGAGUUUUUAAUACAAAUGAUUCCAAUUGUGAAACAGUGUAUGUUGUUUUGUCACAGAUUCCAUCUGACAGCCUUUUACCUCAGAGGUAUUUUCUACCAUAUUGCCAAACGUCUCUUGGGAGUUCAUUAUAUUCAGUUUUCCUUGAAACCAAAAACAAGGUUUGGAAUAUUCUGGCUCCUAGGAUGGUUGACUGCUUCUCAACUUCUUGGCGGUGUGUUAAUUAGUGUCUACCAGUUUCAUAAGACUUUACAAGAUCUCAAAUCUAAAGUUAUCUCAUCACCACUCUCUAUUUGUAAGGUGAAGUCUGUAGCAACUGCAUCGAGUCAUCAGUGUCCUCUAUGCUUAGAACUUCGUCAUGAAACAACUGUUACACCAUGUGGUCAUCUUUUUUGUUGGAAUUGUAUCCUGGAAUGGUGUCAAACCAAGGGGGAAUGCCCAUUAUGCAGAGAAAAACUUCUGAGUUGUCGUCUUAUUUAUCUCCAAAAUUAUGACUUUUGACACCGAAAUUCUAACAUUUCUAUGUAAUAAAUUAUGUAAAUAUAAAAUGGCAAGUGUUAUCACUACAAUGUAUCAAAA